UGUUCGUAACAUGAGGACCAGAUGCCAUGAAAUUUGCCCAUGAGCUUAAACAGUCGCUGGCCACUCAAGGCUUCCCGCCUCAUUGGGUCGCCCAUGCGAUUCCCUACGGCCAGCUGAAGAAAUGCCUCAAGAAAGUCCAGCGCGAGCUGCAAGAGCUGGGACUCGAUGCCGAAACCUUGCGGGCGCUCCUCGAUCCCAAGACGGACUCUCCAGUUGCCUUGAACUACAGCCUUAAUCCAUCCUCAAACUCCCAGAUCGUCCGACCGAAAUUGACAGUGGAAAUUCAUUUGCACGAUGGCAACAUUGUCGAUGCGUCGCUUACGCCAGCCACUCGCCAAUUCUUCGAGAAGAUUUCUUCGAAACUCCCCCUCGACGGUUCUGACGCUGCCAAAGAGUCCAAACCGGCCGACAGCACGCCCACCGAGACGGUCGAGGAGGCGACGCCAGCCCCAUCGCAAGCUCUUACGAUUGCAAACCGCGCGGGGAAAGGCUAUGAUACCAUCGAGGUGCCUCUCGUGUCCGAUGGCGUCUUCUUCGACAUCCUUCAAAACGAUGUCAGUAGCCUAGACGCCCUCCAAGCCACCGAACGGGACCAGUUGAAGGAAGAGGUCAAGGACCUAGGGAAACAGGUGUCGCAUGUGGCGCGGCCGGGUCGCUUCUCUAAAAGCGAUCUCGAUCGCUGGAGGCGGAUAUUCGAACUGUAUCUUGAUGCGGAGGUAUUCUUUGCGACGCACGAGCGCGAUCACGGAGCGCGAUCCAGCCAGAAAGCUCUUCAACAGCUGCAGUGGUUUCAGAAUCAGGUCCAGAAGCAGGAGCUUGUCAAGUCAUUCAAACGACCAGAAAGCCGGGCCGCGUUUUCGAAGUUCUUGGAAUUGAAUCUCAAUCUAUUGAAACAUCUGCAGUUCCAGGAACUAAAUCUGCUAGCGAUCACAAAGAUAUUGAAGAAGUUCGAUAAACGAACGGCAUUGGGCGUUUCGCGUGCGUUCCCGAGCGCAAUCAGCUCCCGAAAGCUGUUGUCCGGAGAUAUCGCCAAAGAAGUGUGCGCGAGGAUCUCAGACGAGCUGGUUUCUAUUAUACCCCAAGUCAACGACUACCUCUGCCCGAUAUGUUACGCGAUUGCAUAUCAGCCAGUUCGUCUAGAUUGCCAACACGUCUUUUGCAUCCGCUGUUCAGUAAAGCUUCAGCGACGCCAUGAGGAAUACUGUCCCUUGUGCCGAGCUCGUGUCGUCAUGGACGCUUCUGCUAAAAACAUUGAUUCUGAAUUAGAAAAGUUUAUGAGGAAGAACUUCCCCGCGGAAGUGAAGGAGAAGGAACGUGCUGAUCAAAUAGAACGGGGGAUAGAGGAGUUUGGCCCGAGCUACAAACCGGCCGAAUGCGCUGUAAUGUGA